GCAAUCUAUUCUUUGUCCAGCAAACUUGACCUGCAUUUUUUGAGUCUACAUUGCGCCUUCAUGUCGCUUCUUGUCACUCACGUCUCUCAUAAUCUCUGCUUGCCAUGUCCAGGCCACUGAUGCUUCGGCGCAACUUCUCCCUCUUGAACAGGGUCCCUCAUUCUCACAUAGUGCGAUCGGCCGCCCGCCAUGGCCACGACAGCAUCAUAAUCCAGCGAGUGCGUAUACGCCGGCCUUUCUUUAGCAAUACACGUCUCGUUGGCACAGUCGCCGUCACUGCCGCAGCCUACGGCCUUAUCCAGUACUUGGGCCUAGAAAUCGAGGUUGAAGAGGUACAAGAACAAGGUAGACAAGAUGGGUGGGAAGUAGCUGGCUCUGAGGAAGACGAUGAAGAAGAAGAGGACGAUGACGCCAUUCUAUUCAUACCCACGGGCUUCUCGCGACCACGGCCAAGGACAUUCUAUAAAGGCUCGGAUACAGAGUGGAAGACGUUCAAGGAGAUAGCCACCGACCGUGCAAGAGCGAAUAAGAUACGUAAGGAGUUGGUAAGUAUAGUGCGUAAUAAUGCCGAGAAGAAGACACUGUACACCUCUCGCCUUGGCAAGAUUGAUACCUCAAAGGGCAUGUCAUGGGUGGAGAUACAGUUCCCAAACGGUCCACCAGUCGAGUACGAGCGUCCAGGCAUCGAGCUCACUGAGAAUCUGGAAUGGCGCAAGGCAACACGCCCGGUUGAAGACGCCCAUCACCGGCGUCUGGAGCGGGUACUGUAUCCCAAGGAAGCCACAGAUGCUUUGUGCAAAGAUACGGUAAGAAAAGCAGAAAAGGCAUGGAAGACCUUUAAAAUCUACAUGGGCUGGGACCAAGAAUCAAAAUCAGAAACUGUCCAGGAACUCUUCCAACGCAUCUCCACAAACCGCCAGUCCACCGGCGGACCCACGAGCAUAGCCCCAAACUCCUUUUCAGCCUCUGCAAACGACACCCAGCAGCCAGGUGCCUCGCCCUCACCAGCCCCCGUCGACGGCCCUGCAAGCAUAGGUCUCGACCUCCCCGACCCAAAAAGCAUGACGUUAGACCUCACUCAAUUCCGCGCCGACUUCGCCAAAACUUAUAUGCCCAUCGUACUGCAACCUCCCCGUGGCGCAUUCAUAGUAAGAGCUCUCAUAGAAAUCUACGGUGACCGCGCCCGCUUGACGCUCAACGUGAGCGCCGUGUACGACCCUAAGCAAGGCCGAUACGUCCAAAUGUCGGCGGUUCCUUGGAACUAUGUCGAGCAUUACCAGUCUCCAAAGGGCGGAUCGUGAGCGCGUUUCCUAGUUGGUUGUGUGUGCAUUGUUACUGGGCGUACUGGGUUGGGGGAAUUUAAGCGCUAGAUAUUCGAUAUCCUUGCAUGGGUGGUGUCUGUUUUGGCGUAUAGCGUUUAAGCGAUAUCAUUGGCGAGUGGAUUGUGCGCUGUGUAGAUAUCAAAUGAGAUAUUCAUGCUUGAUGUGUUUGUUUUUUUCUUGUGUUGAUUUUGUUGUGUACUAGAAUGC